CUUUAGUGUAUGAGGAAACCCUUUGCACCUGUAGCAAUGGCUCCUUUCUUUACGUUGCUGUCUCCAGACUUCCGCGCUGAGCAAUAAACGUUUCAAACCAAAGGCUAAGCAGGUAAGGGAUGAAGAACAUGGAGAAAAGCUUCAAAAGGUUGAAAUCAGAAAUGGAGGAGAUAAGCGAGGAGCAAAAGAGCAUAAGGGAAGGGCAAAGACAAGUUAAAAAAAAUUUUGAGAUGGUUGAGUCGGAGUGCGAGGAAUUGAAGAGGGAAACUAGACUCGUAAUUCAACAAAGUGCGAGGACUCAGGUUAAACUUGCUCUUAUGUUUCGCAUCCUCAAAGCAAGGGAAGCCGACGACUUGAGUACCGCGGCCACUCUCACUGAAAUGCUCCGUGAAAUAGUAGGAAGAGAGAGGGAGGAAAGCAAAGCUGACAUCUGAAUGGCUCUGACAAGCUUCCUCUUCGCUGCGGGAAUGUGACGG